AUGGCUAAUCUUGCUCUCUAUGCUCAGCGUCUAUGCAGCAACCUUCGGUGGCUAAUCGAAGACGGUCAGCUAGUCAAAAUCUUCGGCGACUCUUUUACAUUCCCUGAAGCUGAGCUUAUUAUGCAUAUUCCUAUGAGUUGUGAUACUGGGGACCGUCGUAUUUGGUACUUUACUCGUAAUGGUGAACAGCCUCUUUGUCUACCUCUGGGUCUUCCUCUUCUUCAUCUCAAAAGCUAUGGAAACAUUUGUGGAAGCUUAAACUUUCACCCAAAAUGCAACACUUUUUAUGGCGUCUGGCCCACAAUGCUAGUCCUACCCGUGAAGUGCUCUAUAGGCGGAAAAUUUCCCAAGACAACCUUUGUUUUCAUUGCAUUUGCUAAGUUGAAACUGCUUAGCAUGCCCUUCACGAUUGUACGAGUUGGUGUAGUAGUCAGAGACUCCUAUGGCAGUCUUUGUGGGGCGAUAGCGAUGCGCUCUUCUAGUUUAUUUUUAGUCCUGGCUACUAAGUUGUAUGCUCUUAAGAUUUGCAUUUCUUUUGCGGUGGAUGCAUCCUUUACGCCUAUCAUUAUUGAGUCUGAUUCAUUGAUUGUCAUCCAACUGCUCCUCCAGGAUGACCCUUGUUAUGCUACAGAAGGGCCUUUCGUUGACGACAUUAGACUACUCCUAGCCUCAUUUCCCUCCUACUCGGCCCACCUUGUUCCUCGUCCGACUAAUGGGGUUGUGGAUCGCCUUGCUCGGUUCAAUCUUGGUCAGGAGGAUUUAGCAUUUUGGCUCUCUGAUCCCCCUCCUUGGUUAUAG